AUGGCGGCACCGACUGGUACUUCUGGGCUUCCAUCUAUAGACGAAAUCCGAGCGAAGACUCUGCAGGCUUUUAAACGGCGUCCCUGUCUCUGGCAAUGCGAAGUCACCCGGUCUAUGCUACGAGGGGAUCGGGAUGUAGUUUGUAUAUCUGGCACAGGAUCCGGGAAGACGUUAACCUUCUGGAUGCCACUCCUCUUCCGGCCUAACGGUAUCCAGAUAAUCAUAACACCGCUGAACGUCUUGGGAGUUCAGAACACUAAGCAGUUAGCCGACCUCGGAAUUCGUGCUAUUGCGAUAUCAGCGAAAACGGCUACGGCGAAAAAUUUUCAGGACAUAGGAAUGUGCGCCUACCGCGUUGUUGUGGUCAACCCGGAACAAGCCUUCAAAGUGAAGGGGGGCUUCGCGAAAAUCUGGAGAAAGAAGGAGUUUACCGCGCGUCUUAUCUCGGUUGUAUGGGACGAGGCCCAUUGCGUCUUCAGCUGGGCCUCGUUCCGGACCGACUAUGCAGAUGCGGGCCGCAUGCGCAAUCUGCUAUCAGCGCCGUUUCUCAUGCCGUCAGCCACGAUGCCAGAUCCCGUUCUCAACGGGGUUCUGGACACCCUGCAUUUGCAGCGCGCGCGGGUCGAAAUACAUCGCCGUUCAAACGACCGUCCUAACGUGUACCUCACGGUCAGGAAGAUACAGCACGCGCUGGGAAGCUUUCAGGACCUCGUAGAGGUGCUGCUUGGGAAGGGAUGGAAACGAGGAGAUGGCUUACCUUUCAAGUCUCUGACGUUCUUCGACAAUAUUGAGGAGUCCAUUCAGGCGGCGGAUGUUUUGCGGAAGCAUUUCCCACCUGAGGACCGUUUCAAGCUGCUUUGCUUCAAUUCCGACGUCACAGCGACGUUGCGCGAGGCAGCUACAAACGAGUUCAGAGAUGGCAAACUCUGGGGGCUGUAUUGCACGGACUCAUUCGGGAUGGGCGUUGACAUUCCAGACGUCGAGCUCAUCGUCCAAUGGAAGCUUACCUGUGAUAUUGACAGCCUAUGGCAGAGGAUUGGGCGCGCGGCGCGCGGGCCUGGAACCGAAGCGGUCGCCGUAGUGCUAGUCGAGUCCAAGUAUUUCGACGAGGAGAAGGAGGCGGCAGCAAAGAGGGCGGAGAAGCGAAGGGAGAAGCGAAAGGAGGCCGAGGUCAACAAGGCGGUGGCGGCAGAGCAACGGAAGCGGAAACGAGCCGAAGAUCCGGGUGAGGAUGGCGACGAGUCGAUUGCCAGGUCGAGAUUGCGGCCAGAUCAGGCCGCUGCGUCUGUGGCCGAAUCAUCACAGGCGGUGCACAACAUCCCAGUGAUGUCGGAAUGUGAGAAGCUACGGAUAGAGUACAAGAGCUCUCAGGCGGCGGCAGCGAAGGCGGCAGCGGCAGCGGCAAAGUCCAAGUCGAAGAAGGGAGACGGCGAGCUCUCCCCCGAGCUGGACAACCUGGUCAAUGCCGCAACACGCCCUUUCAAAUGCUAUCGUACUCCGAUUCAAGCGUAUUAUGAGAACGAUAGAGCAGUCUCCGAUAACGAGAAGUGUUUACCUGGCGCUGGUUGCACGCGCUGCGGACUUCCUGCUUCUCCCGUCUGCUGUUCCCUCUGCAGCCCCUCACACCCUGCCUUCAGCUUCCUCCCCUCUCCUGCCGACAUCUCCCGACCCUCCGCUCCUCGCGCGUCCCAUAUCGAGACCAAUUACACCAUGAACACUACCGACAUCGCCUUCCGACGGGCCCUCCACGACUUCCGCCGCGCCGAGACACUGAAGACAUUCGGCCGCGCGCACCUCAACAAUAUGGGUACGGGCAUGAUUAUGGGGGACGAAGAGCUCGGUCGCAUCGCAGACUGUGCACGCGCGCGGAAGCUCAGCUCACUGGACGAGUUGUACAAGGAGGUCAAAUGGGACUUGACCUGGGAGCUGGGCGAGGGCAUACUGGAACUUGUUGCGACCCACUACCCUCCACCCCCUGCUCCACUUGCUUCACAUCCUCUCCGUCCACAAUCGGCCGCGAACGCGAACGCGGAAUCUGAAGGAACGCGCGCGACGGUCGUUCGGCAUUGCGGCGCAUGUUUCCAACCCGGGCACACUCGACGGAGCAAGCAGUGCCCCCUGUACGGACAGGCGGGGCCCGCUCAGACGGCCAACAAGGAGAACAUCGACAGCACCGGCACCACUGCCAACGCCGCCGCCUCCUCUGCCAACGCCGCCGCCUCCUCUGUCAGCGCCGCCGCCGCCUCCUCUGCCAGCGUCGCCUCCUCCGUCAGCGCCGCCGCCGCCUCCGUCAGCACCGCCGCCUCCUCCGUCAGUGCCGCCUCCUCUGCUGUCGGUGCUGGGCUGCCGCAAGGGUCAGCUCUGGGCGGUACCGGCCAUUUGCCUGCGCCCGCCCGCCCUCGCAACUAUGACGACUUUUGGUCCACGACGGCGUUUCAGGCACCGUCUUAUCGACGAGUAGUCUUCAAUCCGGAGGCUCUCGCCGCGGCGGCUGCCGCGCGAGGCGUUGUAACAGCUCCUCCUCCUCCCCCUCCCCUUCGUCGUCCAUAACGCCAUCGCCGCCAUCGGUCCCCGCCGGUGCCUGCCCCCGCGGUGCCGCCCACUCCCGUCGCAGUAUUUCUCCUCCACGAACGAUCUGGUCUGGUAUCGUAUAGUUUGACCCCCGCCCCGCGACGUAUUCGUUGGGGUGAUAUUUCUUGAUAUACUCGUCUAUAAUUUGGCGGAAGGUAGCACGCAUAUCUUUCUCGGCACGUUUGUUCGAUAAGCCCGGCAGUUUGAAGUUCCGUUCGAAAUUCGAGUGGCUAUUCCUGUAUAUAAGGACGAGGAUGGACUCGAGGAGGACCCGAUUUUUUGUGAAGUUUGACCCGUCGCCUCCAUAUGUUACCUGUUCGCAUUUUAAUCCGGCGCUGAAUUGAUUGUUUUCUAGCAGCUUACUUUUGUAAACAAGUUCAGCAGUUCAA